AUGCUUCUGCUGGAGAUUAUCGCUGUCUGGGUCUUGACUUUGCUUUCUUUACUAACCAGAAAUACUUCCGCAACUUAUAUUCCCAGUGUUGUGGAGAACAGAAUCGUGAAGAAGUCAACGCAGCCUAUUCCCCGAAAUGUGCUACGGCGAGCAGACCAGAACUGCUCGGUUGAAGUGGUUGUCACAAAAGUUCUGGUUUUGGUCCCUAUACGCAUUGAUUAUUAUUUUUACGCAAACACUACUCUAAAGGUCUAUGACUAUCUGACGCUGGACAUCACCAACGCUCCCACAAGCAUCAACACUAUAUACACAGGCACAAGCUCCAUGUUCAUAACACAGUCGAACCAAAUUUUCCAACUCCCUUUAGCACAUACCACCCACUCAUCACCCUCUUUCUCCUACGUGGAGAGUUAUUCAUUCAUGCUAUCUAUGAUGGUGCUCCAAUCUCAGGGUAAUGAUCGCUUCAGAAAGCGCCAGGGAAACGUAUUCCUCGGCGGAACCGGACAGGCUACAGAUAGCUGCCAGAAUGCCGUGGUCUACAAUCUGGUCAAUGGGCAGCUGUUUGCGAACUCCAGUGCCGGAGCCUUGCAAUUCGGUAUCACUUCUGGAACAACAUAUGCAAAUUUCACAGCCAGUGCGAGCCCCGGAGACAUCACCACUGCCUUUUCAGUCGACACCCAAAACAACCUCAUGUGGAGUAAUGCCACGUUUUACAACAACAGGGCAAGAUUUUGUGUCCUUCCUGACAAUACCAUUGUGGCCGUCUUUAGCGACCCAUUGGUGGCGCCAUCCGAUUGUCUUUUUGUAAGCCUGAGCAUGACACGAGUCAGUAGCUGCGCUGCAGCUGUGGGAGCUCCACAACUAAGCGGACCAUCAGGGCCGUCCGGCCCUUCGGGCCCGACAGGUCCCACAGGCGCAACUGGUACGCAAGCAGUCAUCUUUCGCGCAUUUCAAGCGUGUUCGGGGCCACAUGAACUAACAAUAUCUGUUCAGGCGCGCAAGGAGUACAAGGGGUUCAAGGAUUACAAGGGAGACCAGGGUGUCCCAGGUCCGACCGGAGCUACUGGAGCAACAGGUGCCACCGGUGCUCAAGGGCCCUCUGGUCCAUCUGGCCCAGCCGGACCUGCUGGUCCUACCGGAGCUACAGGUGUCACUGGUGCAACGGGGCCAACCGGACCCGCGGGUCCAUCUGGACCUUCAGGACCAUCAGGCCCUGCCGGGGCGACAGGCGCAACAGGGCCAAAGGGUGCAGACUCGAUCCAAUUCGCCUACCUGGGCUGCUGGGCGCAGGGGUGCAACUCGGCGGGCACGUGCGUCACGCUGGGGAACUACGGAUUCGACAGCCCGAGCACCAACGGCGGCUUCAACGCGACGCUGACGGGCAGCGCAACGGCCAACAUCGACGCGCAGUGCGCCCGCAUCUGCAUCACCAAGAACGGCGCCAACUUUUUCGGCACCAUCAGUGCCGCCUCCGGGGCCACCGCCGACUGUUACUGCGGCGCGGCCAUCACCGGCACCGUCACGCUGCUGUCCAACUGCGUUCCGUGCUACGGGCAGAGCGUGGGCCUUUGCGGCAAGUCUCAUAUCUCGAUCGCCGUGUAUGCGAGGGCAUUUUGA